AUGAAGUUCUUCACCCUUGUUGUGUCCCUUAGCCUCGCUUCCGUUAGUCUCGCAGCAGCUGUUCCCGCACCCGAAGGGCUGUUGGAGAGACGAGAGACGCCGUUACCCUUCUCAGAUUGUAAUGGCAUUUGUAAUGGAAAGGUCAGUAGAUAUUCUUACUAUCACAGCUAUUAAGUGAUUACUAACUUUCGUUUAAACAUAGCCCGUUGCAAAAUGCGUUAGAACGGAUUUUGGUAUUGCAUACGAAUGCCAAAAAUGA